AUACAAAAAUAAUGGAGAAAUAGGCAUACAGUUUUUAAUCCAUGAAUCCUUGCUACUUUUCUUUUUUUUUUUAAACCAAGAUGUAGACUAGCCGGAGUCAGAUUCCCUGUAUGUGUUUACACAUACUAAAACUGUGUAUUGGUGUUUUAAUACCUCAUUAUUUGUUGUUUUGCAGUAACCUCCACUGACCCUACUACGUGCACUAAGGCGUAUUUACGUGUCCCGCCCAGAUGUUUUCUGUGUGACCAGUGCACCCUGAAUACAUCAUGCUCUCAUGUAGAAAUGUUAGUUAUGUUGCAGCUGUAUGUUGUUCAUAUCUGCCCUAACCAGACUGGGAUCAUGAAUGGAAGCGAUAUGGUAGAAUGGUCAUUAUGACGUGUAGGCCUACUGUUUACAGAAGAGGUCUUUUCAUGUGGUUUUAUGUGCCUUCACUGCCCAUGGGUGGGUCUCAUUUGAGUCUUUUUUGGACUGUUAUGUUGUACUGAGGGACUACGAGGUACAGCUAAAGGGAGCUCUGUUCUGUACAGAGGAAAUGGGCGUUCUCCUUGGAAAGUUUGGAUGGAGUGACUGAAAAAAAGGGGUGUGUGGUAAGACUGGAAAGGAGAGGACCACCAAGAGGGGCACAAUGUUGUAGAGUGGUGAAGCUGCUUCUAAAAGCUGCUCCAGAGAUCUGAUUCAGAGGGACAGGCAAUACUCAGGGGAGUGGAAUAUGGCAUACCUGCUUAUGUUUGUGACCCUGCUGCAUCUCAUCACACUGGCAAUGCAGUUCAUUGCAACCAUGGAGAAGUCCUGGUGGGUGUGGGAUGUCUUGGAGAACUCAGACCUAUGGUACAACUGUAGGUUUGACAACUCCACAGGAACUUGGUUGUGUGCAUCCUCCAAAGAAACUGAGUGGCUUAAGGCAGUGCAGGUCCUAAUGGUUCUCUCGGUGGUCUUCUCCUCGGUCUCCUUCUUGGUGUUCCUGGGUCAACUGUUUACCAUGUCUAAGGGUGGACUCUUCUACUUCACUGGGCUGUGUCAAGUCUUUUCAGGGCUGAACGCCUUUUCUGCAGCUCUCAUCUACACAUUACACAAUAAGGCAAUCCUUCCGGACUCCAGAGAACUGACAUCAGGACACUUUGGCUACUGCUUUAUCCUGGCCUGGGUGUGUGUCCCCUUACUGCUGUGUAGCGGGGUCAUAUAUAUCCACUUACGUAAGAAAGAGUGACCAGAAAAGGAAAACAACGUGGAAAAAGUGAAAGACAAAAAUGUUGACAUUUUUUUUAUUGACUUGACUUUUUGUCUUAAACAUAAUGCAGGAAUCACAGAGUUACAAAUGCCUAUGUUAUGAUUUUUGCUCAGGCUUCGGUUAAUGUGACAAUGUUUUUGAAUUGUUUAGAUAGUGUAGGCUACAUUGGAAAAUUCUCAGAAAAUUUUGGGCUUUCUCUUGAACAUUGAAUCCUCAAUAUCAAUCCAAUAUACUGUACAAUGCUCACCUUCUUUUUAAGACAUGCUUACUAUAGGCUAUAAGAGGUUUUUGUUGUCCUGUGUCGACCAAGGAAGGUAAAUACCAAAGCAGUGUUAUGUACUUUUUAAUUAUUGUGUCAUGAGCUAUUUGAAUAGCUUUUGAUUUUCCCAAGAGCAAACUGGAAAUAUGUAUAUUUUUGUACCUAAAGCUUAGUUAGUUAGUGCUUAGUUCAAUAAAUAUCACAAACAAAAAAGGUGUGCAAAUCUAUUGUUAUAACAUUUAUUGUGAGGACACCAUUUGUUUCUGAUGAUAUUAAAUUGCACAUUUGAUACCAAAUAAGUCUGUAAAUAAAAAUGUUAGACAUUAUUUGAUCAUAUUAAACUAUCUAACGUUA